CAUAAAAACAGGACCCGAGGCCAACACAAGGAGUAUCUCUGUAGCAAUCAUUGCUCAGUUUGCGAAGUUCAUCCGAGAAGAGCUCACCAAAAGUCUCUGCAAAGUUCUCUUGGGUCUCCUCCUCCAAGUCGCCAGAAAUGAGCGAACCCCCCAAGUACGCUUAUCCUUACCCUGCUCAAGGUUACCCUGCUCAAGGCCAAGGGUACUAUCAAGGGCCUCCCGUACAAGCGCCUCCCCAGUACUAUGCUGCUCCUCCUCCCAGAAGAGAGCCGGGUUUUCUUGAAGGAUGCUUUGCGGCUCUCUGUUGCUGCUGCCUCAUCGACGAGUGUUGCUGCGAUCCGUCCAUCUUCUUCGUUUGUUAGCAGCCGCGUUGUUUAUGAUUCAGGAAGGGAAAGAAAUAAAGAAAAAGUGGAAACAAUCAGAGAAAUUAGAGUCCAACCACUUCCUGGUUGUUCCCAUGUUGAUGAUUGUACGUGUCUGUAUUUGAGAUAUCAGUGUUUUUCCUGUGUCCUCUAGACGAUUCUACAUUAUGGGCAGCUUUGUAUUUGACUUUUCCGUGUACUCUGUAAUCCAUAUAUAAUUGUCAGCAUCGCUCUUUUGGAUGGGGCCCUGUA